AUGGCCGGUUCGCUCCUAAUCCGCAUUAAUGUCGCAAUCCAACGCCUGGAACUGGCCAUCGCCUCCGUCUUCACCAGAAGAUUUCCUCCAGAUGGGUUUUGCCUCGCUGGAGUCGACGUCCAGGAACGGCUGCACCAAAAGCCGGCCUUCUCGUUGAAGGAUAUCGUAGGCGAUGGGUUCGUGUGGGCCGUGCCCACGGCUAGAAGGACUAUUGAGAGGCGGAUGAAAAGAAGGUUCGGACAUCCAGAUUACAUUUGGAAAAUGCUCAAGCCAAAGACCAACCUCAGAACUUGUAAUGUUUGCGGGGAUGAUCACCUGCCGGGAGUUUUGUGUCCUACCUGUUAUAAAAAAGUAAUUGAAGAAACCAAAGUAAUGCAAGAUGCUAUCCAACAAGAACUACAAUUAUCUCCUGUAGAAAAGGAAGUGGUUGUACUGUAUGAGGGAGAAAAAGAUGGCAAACCUGAAGAAUUUUUCGAAGGAAAACGAAUUGUGGAAAUACCAAAACCUAGGCCUGCAUGGUUUAGCAAAAAUCUUCUUCAACAAACAACACAGCAGCCAGCGACGACCAGUGAUGUAAAACCAUCAGAUUUAGGUUAAUUGUAGAAAAUAAUACAUAUUACAUGUUAAGACUCUCACUCUUAAAAAAUGGACUAAAUCCAGUAUGUUAAGCGUUAAUUCCCACAAAUGUCACAUUGUCCCUGAUAAUAAAAAUUCCGAGAGUGGAUUUCUUUAGAGAU